AUGCAAGUUCCAUUGCCAUAUAGAAACUAUCAAUUCGAGAGAAUGUCAAUGUCAGAGGUUCGUCCUAGACACAUUCUAGUGUUUAUGUUGUUCCUCUACGUUCUUCUCGAAUGUAUCGUCGUUGGAAGUUGUAUCAGCAACGUCACAAAGUCGGCUUACGUCGCCAAGCUCACCUAUAUUGGCUCAGACAACACAGAAUACUUCUAUCUGGACACAAUUUCCAAAUUGAAUGUUAGAGUCGGGUACUUCUCAACGUGCAUCCAGACAGAAACUUCUACCAGUACCGGAAGCUGGCAAUGUCACAGAAACGAAACCGAAUUACUCAUAAAUGACUCCAAUUUCAACAGUUCGUCACCUCCAGAUGAAGAUCUUGCCGUGUUUUUCAAAAACACUGCCUACAUGUUCCGUCACGAUUGCAUGAGUCCUUGGAUUCUUGUGGUUGCCAUUAUUAUUUCAUUCUUUACCAUCUUUGCCUUUGCUAUUGUUCCACCAAGUGAAGCUCUGAUCUGGUACGUCGUCUCAACCGGAGGGGCGUUCUUCUCUUUUUCUUUGUCCUUAGUGGCUGCCGUUUGGCAAGAAACCAAUACCUUGACCGGUACCAAGUUGAUGGAAGUAAUGGCUGACGAUUACUUCAGCUUGGAAACUCACUACGGUAAUGGUGCCAGAGCCUUGAUUUGGAUCGGGGUGGUAUUGUUAGGUAUCGGUUUCACAUGCUUGUUAUUCAUGACAAUUGUCAGUAUCAAGAUGGGAAUUGACAGAGAAAUGUCUUAUUAUCAAUCUCAAAUGGGAAUGAUGGACCCAGCUUUUGGAGUGCCAACAAGAAACAGCUCUAUGAUGGAGAAGUUCUCCUGA